AAUUAGCAUCAAUUGUCUCGUGAGGUUUUGAUCUCCAGCAGCAUCAUGCCUGAACCAGCGAAGUCCGCGCCGAAGAAAGGCUCCAAGAAGGCCGUCACUAAGACCGCCGCGAAAGGAGGAAAGAAGCGCAGAAAGUCCAGGAAGGAGAGCUACGCCAUCUACGUGUACAAAGUGCUGAAGCAGGUUCAUCCUGACACCGGGAUCUCUUCGAAGGCGAUGGGCAUCAUGAACUCUUUCGUCAACGACAUCUUCGAGCGCAUCGCCGGUGAGUCGUCUCGUCUCGCUCACUACAACAAGCGCUCCACCAUCACUUCCCGAGAGAUCCAGACCGCCGUGCGUCUGCUGCUGCCCGGGGAGCUGGCCAAACACGCCGUGUCCGAGGGCACCAAGGCCGUCACCAAGUACACCAGCUCCAAGUAGAGCUCCGCUGCAGCUCCACACACAAAGGCUCUUUUAAGAGCCACCUACU